CCAGAAAUAAAGUGGUGUCCGGCCGAUAAUCACAUUCCUCAUAACUGAAAAAUUAAGAUGGCGUCAAUUCCACCAACGGAAGACCGUUUGACGUCAGGACAUCGGCUGUCUCACCCGCCACCUGGAGAUGAGGUUUUGAUCUCCGGUAUUUCUGGUUAUUUCCCCGACUCUGACUCUGUUAUGCACCUGCAGGAGAACCUAUUCAACAAGAUUGACUUGAUCUCCAAUGACGCCCGUCGGUGGAAACUCAGGCACCCCGAAAUCCCGCAGCGGACAGGAAAAAUCAACAAUCUGAAUAAAUUUGACGCAUCUUUCUUUGGCGUUCACUUUAAACAGGCCCACACCAUGGAUCCUAUGUGCAGAAUACUUCUAGAAAAGGCAUACGAAGCUAUUAUUGACGCUGGCGUUAACCCAAAUGAACUGCGUAAUACAAGAACUGGAGUGUUCGUUGGAGCUUGUUUCUCUGAAUCGGAGAAAACAUGGUUUUACGAUAAAAUGCAAGUCAAUGGAUUCGGUGUAACUGGAUGUUCCCGUGCAAUGUUAGCCAACCGUAUCUCCUACUGGUUGGGCGUGACGGGUCCUUCUUACACUGUAGACUCGGCCUGUUCAAGUUCACUUUACGCAAUGGAGCACGCGUUCAGAGCCAUUCGGGACGGACACUGUGAUGCUGCUAUCGUCGGAGGAUCCAAUCUUUGUCUCCAUCCCUAUGUGUCCCUCCAAUUCUCUAGAUUGGGAGUGUUAUCGGCUGAUGGAAGUUGUAAGACUUUUGACGAAAGAGCUAAUGGUUACGCACGGUCUGAAGCCAUUGUUGUUUGCUUGCUGCAGAAGGCGAAGGACUCCAGAAGAGUAUAUGCCCAAGUGCUUCACGCAAAGACAAACUGUGACGGCUACAAAGAGCAGGGUAUUACAUACCCAGCCGGUAAUAUUCAGAAACAGCUCUUCUACGAGUUUUACGAAGAAUGUUCUAUCAUACCAAGUACCUUGGAGUACGUCGAGGCUCACGGCACUGGCACAAAAGUAGGAGACCCAGAAGAGUUGCUUGCCAUCGAUGAAGUGUUUUGUACGGGCAGAUCAGAACCACUCAAAAUUGGUUCCAUCAAAUCAAACUUAGGACACAGUGAACCCGCCUCCGGUCUCUGCUCUGUGGCUAAGCUAUGCAUCGCAUAUACCACUGGUUACAUUCCACCAAACUUGCACUUUAAAACUAGUCGUAAGGGCGUCAAAGCUCUGGAGGAAGGUCGGCUUCAAGUUAUUACGGAAAAGACUCCAUGGAACAAAGGAAUGGCUGGAAUUAACUCAUUCGGUUUCGGAGGAGCUAAUGCCCAUAUAUUGUUGAAAAACGUUGCCCCUACUAAGGUCAAUAAUGGAAUACCAUCGGAUGACCUGCCUCGUCUGGUUUGCAUAUCUGGACGUACGGAAGCAGCAGUGGCCAGAAUCUUUGACGACCUAGAGUCUAGAACGUUAGAUGCCGAAUUAGUGAGACUCUAUCACUCCAUUCACGAAGAAGAAAUUAAAGGCCAUAUUGUCAGAGGAUAUUCAUUGUUAGGCUCAACACCAACUAAAGCAGUAUCUCUUGCCCGCAACAUCCAAUACUUCCCGGGCGUUCGUCGUCCUGUUUGGUUCGUGUACGGUGGUAUGGGCUCACAAUGGGCUGGUAUGGCUACAGAGCUAAUGAGAAUACCGGUCUUUGCCGCUGCUAUUCAGAAGUGUCAUAAAGCCUUGGAACCUAAAGGCAUUAACCUAGCAAAGAUCAUCACGGAAUCUAACCCCAAGAUUUACGACAACAUCCUAAACUCUUUCAUCGGGAUUGCCGCCAUACAAAUUGGUCUUACCGACGUCCUGAAGGCUGUUGGCAUUGAACCAGACUACAUUAUUGGUCACAGUGUAGGAGAAUUAGGUUGCGCAUACGCAGACGGCUGUCUCACAGCGGAACAGAUGAUUUUAUCAGCAUACAGCCGUGGUCUUGCAUUAAUUGAAACUUCCACCAUUAAGGGCGCGAUGGCUAUUGUUGGAUUAGGAUAUAACCAGAUCAAAUCCCUUUGCCCGCCUGAAAUUGAAGUGGCCUGCCACAACAGCCCAGACUUCUCUACCAUCUCAGGUCCUGCUGAGAUCAUUAAGACCGUCAUCACAAAGUUGGCGCAAAAGGGAGUCUUUGUUAAAGAAGUACCUUGCUCUAACAUUGCUUACCACUCGAAAUGCGUCGCUGACGCUGGUGCAAAGAUUCUGAAGUACCUGGAAGAAGUGAUUCCGAACCCGAAACCUCGCUCAGAGAAGUGGGUUUCAACAUCUGUUCCACAGUCGUCAUGGAAGGACGCCAAGUCUCUACUAUCCUCUGCCGAAUACCAUACCAACAACCUAAUUAGCCCAGUUCUCUUCGAAGAGGCAUCUCGCCUCAUCCAACAAAAUGCUGUAAUAAUAGAAAUAGCGCCCCAUGGCAUAGUCCAGACCAUAUUGCAGCGAUCAUUACCAAAGGAUGUCAUCGAUGUAUCACUAGCACAGGAGAACGAGGACAAUAUCACUGUUAUAUUCAAUUCUUUAGGCCAACUUUUCCAAGCAGGCUUAAAUCCAAAACUGGCAAAUAUCUACCCACACAUACCAUUCCCAGUAUCACUUGGUACACCGAUGAUCUCACAUCUCAUCGAAUGGGAACACAGUGAAGAUUGGUUUGCAACUUCAUUCCGGACCAAAGAGAAAACGAAGUGUGGAGAACGAGUAGUCAAUAUCUCAUUAGAAAAUGAAGAUACUGAAUACAUGAGUGGGCACGUUGUUGAUGGUCGUAACCUAUUUCCCGCGACUGGUUACCUGGUUCUGGUAUGGGAGACGCUUGGUAUGAUGAUGGGUGAGCUGAACACGGAAAUAUCUGUGGUCUUUGAAGAUGUGCGAUUCCAACGCGCUACGCCUAUACCUAAAGACGGCAAUCUGGAGUUCAUUGUUAUGAUUCAAGAGGGCAGUGGUAACUUUGAAAUUGUGGAGAGCGGCGCGUCCAUUGUAUCCGGUCGUAUUUACUCCAAAAAGAACGUAGCCCAGGAUUACGUUGUACUUAAACCUGCACCCGAAACUACUGGACCCAAUGUUAAACACUUGCUUACGAAGGACUUCUACAAGGAAUUAAGACUGAGAGGUUACCAAUACAGCGGCUUAUUCCGUGGCGUCAUUGGUUGUAACAAUGAAGGUACUCGUGGCCGUGUGGCUUGGGUCAAUAAUUGGGUCACCUUCAUGGACUGCAUGUUGCAGCUGAAGAUCGUAGGCAACGACACCCGUGGUCUUUUUGUACCUACAAGAAUUGAGAAAAUCAGUAUAGACACCACUCAGCAUUACGAAGCGGUCGCCAAAAUGAAUCAAAUAUCAGAUCGCCAAUCGUUUGAAAUACGAGUGUACCCAGAUGUGGAUGUUGUUAGGGGCGGUGGUGUUGAAGUACGUGGCCUCCACGCUUCUCCUAUCUCUAAGAAAAACCCUCUUGGUGUACCAGUUUUGGAGAAGAACGAAUUUGUGCCCAACUGUGCGAAAACUAAGAUGACGGUUGAAGAUAUUCUUAGAGCCGACAUACAACUAAUUUUAGAAAACAUCCAAACUUAUAAAAUUAAAAGUAUUGAAUUGGUCGAUGAGGAAUACAAAAUAAAUAGCUACGAACCUAUCCUGGAAAAAGUCAGCAUAAUCCUAGAAGAUUUGCCUCUUGUACAACCAGAAUUAUUAAUUAUAUCUGAAGAAACUAUUGAAAUGCCAUCACACAUAACCGUUGAAAACAAAAAGCUUUCAGCAGAAAGUAACACUAUUUUAUUCAUUGGUGCUAAUCUCCUGAACAGGCCGGAGAUUCUACAACAAGCCGUAUCUACACUUCGAGACAAAUGUUUCAUAUUGAGUCGUGAAAAGGAACGUCCAAACCCUAAAGACCACGCCGACAAAUACGAUAUUGUUACUAUUCAAGAUACUGGCGCUGAAUACUUGGUUCUAUUUAGAAAACGUGUUGGUGCCAAACCAACUAAAUUUAUUCAUGUUAAAACAGCCGAUCAAUCAUACGCGUGGAUUGAACAAGUUAAAGAGGAAUUGAAGACGGGCCAGAAAAUUGUUAUUUAUAACCAAAAUGAGCCAGUCAAUGGACUUUUGGGUCUUGUGAAUUGUUUAAGAAGGGAACCGGGUGGUGAGGUUGUAUAUGGUCUGCUAAUUGCUGAUCCUUCUGCACCAGCGUUUAAUCCUGAUUUGGACUUCUAUGAAGAGCAAUUAGAUAAAGACUUGGCUCUGAACGUUUAUCAAGAUGGACAUUGGGGCACCUACCGUCAUUUAUUACUUGGAGAUCUCGAAACCAUUCGUGCAAACCACGGCUGCGUCAACACAGUUACAAUUGGUGAUCUGUCUUCUUUAAAAUGGCUCGAAGGACCAAUAAGAGAAAACCAAAUGUUUAAGAACCCAGACAGCGUUCUUAUUCACGUUUAUACCUCAGCACUUAAUUUCCGUGACGUUAUGACGGCUUUAGGUCGAGUCACAGUAGAUGCCGUGGCCCAGGGACGUCUUGCACAGGAGUGCGUGCAAGGUUUCGAAGUUGUGGGCAGAUUAACUAAUGGAUCCCGUGUCAUGGCCAUGGUCCGUAACAGUGGUAUGGCGAAUAUGGUGGAAGGAAACAAAAGUCUCACAUGGACGAUCCCAGACGAGUGGACAUUCGAGGAAGCUUGUACCGUUCCUGUUGCCUACGGCACCGUUUAUUAUUCCAUGGUAAUGGUUGGUCAAUUAAAACCCGGAGAGAAAGUUCUGAUUCACGCGGGUUCUGGAGGCGUGGGUCAAGCAGCAAUCAACGUGGCAUUGCACUAUGGCUGUGAGGUGUUCACUACUGUCGGCACGCCUGAAAAGAGAGAAUUCAUUAAGAAACUCUUCCCACAAAUAAAAGACAGCCAUAUCGGGAACUCACGUGACAGCUCAUUUGAAGACAUGGUUCAACUCCAGACCAAAGGCACGGGAGUUGACAUGGUUCUCAACUCAUUGUCUGAUGACAAACUUCAGGCAUCAAUCCGUUGUCUUGGCUUCCGCGGUCGCUUCAUAGAGAUUGGCGUUUACGACAUCAGUAACAACACCCCCAUCGGUAUGGACUUCUUCCAAAAAGAGACUUCCUUCCACGGCAUCAUGUUGAACUACAUCUUCGACCAGAGCAAGGAGUUUAUAAAGACGUUACAAGAUCUCCUGAUAACUGGAAUUGAAAGUGGUGCUGUCCGUCCCCUUACGUACUGUUCGUUCCAGAAGAACGAAGUGGAAACCGCCUUUAGGUACAUGGCGGCCGGAAAGCACAUCGGAAAGAUUGUAGUUAAGAUUCGGGAGGACGAACGCACAAGCAGCCCAGUAAAGCCCAAAAUCAUGCCCCUAGAUGUAUUGCCAAGAUACAUGUGUCAGGACGACAUGUGUUACGUUGUGGUUGGAGGUCUGGGCGGUUUCGGUCUGGAGUUAGCAGAUUGGCUUAUCCUUAGAGGAGCGAGAAAAGUACUUCUGACAUCUAGAAGGGGUAUCUCUAAUGGAUACCAGUCAUCCAGAAUGAGAACAUGGGCUAGUUAUGGAGCUGAUGUUCAAAUUUCAACGGAUGACAUUACAACGGAAGAGGGUUGCGAGAAUAUGCUUAAAAUGGCGGUAAAAAUGGGCCCUGUAGAAGCAAUAUUUAAUUUAGCUGUAAUUCUAAAAGAUUCUAUAUUCCAAAAUCAAACCCCUGAGACUUUUAAGACCUCUUACGGACCCAAAGCUCAAGCAACAAUCUACUUGGAUAAAUACUCAAGAACUCUAUGCCCGAAAUUAAAGGAUUUCGUGAUUUUCUCAUCGGUGUCCUGCGGCCGUGGUAAUGCUGGUCAAACUAACUAUGGAUUCUCUAAUUCGGUAAUGGAGAGGAUCUGUGAACUAAGGAAGAAAGAAGGCCUUCCGGCGCUAGCCGUACAAUGGGGAGCUGUCGGAGACGUGGGUUUAGUAGCAGAUAUGCAAGACAAGGACAUUCAAUUGGAGAUCGGCGGAACUCUCCAGCAAAGGAUCUCUUCUUGUCUCCUCGCUUUAGACAAGUUCUUGAAACAGGACGCUGCAAUCGUAUCAUCUAUUGUAGUUGCUGAAAAGAGGUCUGGAGGAUCGGGAUGUGGAAAUAUUGUUGACGCUGUCGCUCAAAUUAUGGGUAUUAAGAAUCUUAAGAUGGUCUCCCAACAAGUAUCUCUCGCCGAGCUUGGUAUGGACAGUAUGAUGGCUGUGGAAAUCAAACAGACACUAGAAAGAGAAUUCGAGGUCUUCUUGACAGCUCAAGACAUUAGAACUUUAACAUUUGCCAGAUUAGUAGAGUUAACAGCACAAAGAGAAGCAGCUACGACAAUUCAGACGGUUGCUGCUCAACCAGCUAUAUCCGAUGCUGCAGUUGGUAUGAGAAUUCUGAUGAGGAACUUUGGUGAUGAAAAGGAGAUUUCAGAGCCCUUCAUGUUCAUGCCGACAUUAGUUAGCACUGAGACGGAUGUUAUCAUUAACAAGGACGAAAAAGUUUUGUUCCUGUUACCGGGUCUUGAAGGAACGGCCUCCACAAUGAAACCACUUUGUAAGAGGCUUAAAGUUAAGUGUUGCGUUCUACAAUACGGAACGAAGAAUAAAAACGAUGACAUCGAUAUUAUAGUCGACAGACUUUACGAGACGAUGAAACUUCGACUUAACCAAGGAGCGGAGUACACACUUCUUGGAUACAGUUUUGGUUCGGCGCUUGCCUUGAAGCUCGCGGCUAGACUCGAAAACAAUGGUUAUCAAGGCUCGUUAUUCAUUAUCGACGGUUCGCCCGAUUUCUUAUACAUGUUACUCACUAUGUUAAUGGACAUUCAGAAUGAUACUCAGCUUCAGAACAGUCUCAUUUGCCACGUCAUUGACUUGAUAGCCCCCAACAACAACAUCCCAGAUCUCAUGGAACGACUAAAUGAAAUCACGAGUUAUGACGACAGAAUCCAGUACGCCAUAAAAGUAUGCCCUGCCCAACACAAUUACACCAAUGACUUCAUCGCCGAAAUCUCAGUUGCCUGCUUUAAUAGACUGAAAAUAAUUAGUAACUUAAAAAAUCAAAGUUUCAAGAAACUUAAAACACCUAUCACACUUCUUCGUCCUAAAAAGAACCCACCGUUGCUAGCGAUUGAAGAAAACUAUGGUUUAGACAAAUUUACGGAUGGUAGCGUCACCGUACACUUAUUGGAAGGCAAUCAUCAUACUAUACUGGAAAACAAAGACUGUGCCGCCAUUAUUAAUGGAGAGUUAACGAACGACUCAAGCGCAAAGGCAGAAAGCAAUGUUGUGACAAAUAUGAUAGAAAAAGAACGCUCUCUUCAAGUUUAAUUUAAGUACACUGUUUAUUAUAAGAGCGGUAUAUAAGUGAAAAGUUAAAGUAAGUUUAGAUUUGACAGUGUUUAUCUGUAAAUUUUAAUCUCUUUUAAAAGAGGACCUGCAGUACCUACCAAAUCAUCAUUAAAUAGUAUAUAGUUAACCAAGUUGUAAAGUUUAAAUUUUAUUUAUUUCUUAGGAUUAUCUUGGGUAUAAUUUGGGGGCUAAGUGAAUAAACUAUUUUGUUACAGAAA